CAUGCUGUGACGAAGUUCGCCGGAAGUGAUGUAGCCGGGUUAAACUGCGCAGGAGGAUCUUGGAGAGCUCUGCUUGCGCAAUGUUUCCUUCAAGCAUUACCUGCACAGGCAGUUUACUGCGGAUGUAAACUGACUCCGUGUGCCCUGACUUCAGAAAUAUGUAGAACAAUAUGCAUUUGUAUUUUUAAGAGUUUCCAGAAUCGUCUGCAGGCAGGCUCGGGGAUAACAUGUCCCCGCGUUCGUCUUUAAUUGGAAGCACCGCACUCGGGAUUAUGUCAGCAGAGAGACUAGAAUAAACACGUAUGUUGAAAAAUAAUGAAAAGCAAAGUGUAGGAAGAAGAUAAUAACACAAACACGAUGGACUAUCGACGGAAAAAGAAGCUGACAUUCUUCACCAUUGGGCUUUUGUUUCUUCUAAGCGGUGUGGAAUAUGCUGUAAUUUUGCCCACGAUAUGGAGAUACCUGCAGACUUUAGAUGCAGCACCUUACUUCCUGGGUUUGGCCCUGUCAGCAUUCAGCUUGAGUGGCCUCCUGUCAGGACCGCUGUUUGGCCACUGGUCUGACAGAACAGGGACCACCAAGAAGAUCAUCUUGUUUGCCAACCUUUUUGAGAUAAUAGGUAAUUUCCUGUACUUUAUGGGCUUCUCCAAGUGGCUCUUACUGUCAAGCAGACUGGUGGCAGGCAUUGGCACAGGUGCUGGCUCAGCCAUCUUUGGCUUCCUGACUAGAAGCACUUCCCCUGAUGAUCGUGCUACUGUAUUUGCUGCUGUCAUGGCAUGUCGACAAGCAGGUCUUCUGAUUGGUCCAGCAUUUAACAUCUUCUUGAGGCUGUGUGAUUUCCACCUGGGUCCCUUUGUGGUCAACAAAUACACUGCACCAGGGUUGUUCAUGUGCCUGCUGUGGAUUCUCCUUCAACUAGCAGUGGUCUUCAUGUACUGGGACCUUCUACCUUUAGAGAGGGGGAAGUCCAAGGAGAGUUCGACAAACCAGAGCAGGGAGGAGGAGGACGAGCAGCAGCAUGUGGAAGAAGACAACGACGAGGAGAAGCCGUUAAUGGGAUCCCAGGAGGUGUUGGGGUCCUACGGGUCAGUUGUGGCAUCCAACACGCCCACAUACCACAGCCCAGCUGCCUCAAAUGCCACGCUGAAUCACAUCUCUCCACCUGCCUCUCCUGUGCCACCAGACUCCCAUGAGCCAUCCAGCCCCUUUAAGAAUUUCAGCAUAUCCCGAGAGUUCCUGAGAGAGGAGGUGGUUGUGCUGCUGGCUGCUCAGUUCAUCACCCUCUUCAAUCAGACGGCGCUGGAGACCAUGGUGACCCCCCUGACCCAGAAGUACUUCGGCUAUGGGGAGCUGGAGAACAGCAUCAUGUACUGUCUCUGUGGUGUGGAGGUGAUCGCUGGCUUCCUGUUUGUGCGCUGGCUGAGCCGGCGUGUUGCUGAGCGGGUGGUCCUGGCCAUCGGCCUUACCAUCUGCAACAUCUCUGGUGUCUGGUGCCUCAUCUUCCUGGCUAAGCCACUAGGUGGUUUUCCAUGGCAGCUGGCUGAGUUCAUCAUUGGGGUGUUUCUGCAGGUUUUGGGUUUGCCUUUUGUAGCUGUAGCUCAGGUUUCCCUCUUCUCCAAAGUUACUGCUGAGAAAACACAAGGUUUCAGCCAGGGAGUGCGUCGCUCAGUGGGAGGUCUCGCUACCAUCCUGGGCCCUCUGUGGGCUGGUGGCCUGACCGAUAACAUGUACAUCAUGAUGGGAGUGAUGAUGGCACUGCUGGCACUGCUAACGAUGAUGCUGGCCUUCUCAUAUGACCGGCUGGUUGCGCCUGCUACAGAGGAGCAAGUGGACGACUCAGACAGCUGUAGCUAAUCCAGUAGAUGGUCAAUGCACUCAGAGUGGAAGUGCACAGCGGGAGAUUCCCUGUCCUGCACCUGACAACUCUUCCACAGUUUCACUCUCUGCAUCGGGACCGGCAUGCAGGGUGAUAACACACACCAACAGCACACAUCUGAAGAUGUCCUGCGUGCUUGGACUUGUCAGCUUUCUGUGCAGAGGCUGAUCAAAGUACUGAUAUGGGGUGUAUGUAUAUUUCCCAUGGAAAUAUAGAAUCCUGCGGACAGUGCAUGUGCAAGCUUUGGAUGAAAACCCUUUCUCUGCUUUUGUGUUUUGCACCGACUGCCAAUUAAAGUAGGUACAUCACACAUUCUACCUGUGUUUCAGCACAUGCAAUAUAACACUAAUUGUUCAAUUAAUGGACAUGAUCUGGCUGUGUAUUUAGCUGAUCUAUGUAAUGACGUUUUUUCCUUAUAUGCAGCAAAGUAUUUGCAAAAAACUGUUUUAUUUUCUUUUUGGCCUCCAUCAUUGAAUCGAUGUGUCUAAAAAAGAAAAUGCACUAACACUAACGCAAAAUAAUGAAAUGAAUGUGGGUUUUAACUGUUUUUUCAAUGCUGUUUUAAAGGCAUUUAAACCUCAGUAAUAAAAGUCUCAGGGAAACACUGAAUACACAUAGUUUGGUAUGAAAAUAGUCACAUUAGGAGAUAUUAAAUAAUCCUUCAUUGAAUCAAUUCUACAAAUAUUAAAUAAUAUAUUUAAAUUAUUACAUGUCUGUCCGUAAAGGUUGGUUAAUUAGUUUCCUGCUUCAAAAAAAGCAGAGUUCUGCACGUUUUUGAUGGUUUCAUGCCAGUGUAGUGUAUAUUUUCAACACUGGUGGGCGCUCUUAGUCUACUAAAGAACAUCCUCACUGUCACUGCUGAACCUGAUAUAUUUAGUGUGUUUUCUCAGUCAGUCAGAUAAUUCGUAUGGUCAAGUGUGCUGUUACAAAUACACAUUUAGGAAAGACAGUUUUAUUGGUAACUUGUUGUACAAUAUAGUUGUUUCAGGUGGCAGUAGAGAAAAUGCACACUAAUCAAUCAAAGAGCAUUUCUUUUUUUCAAAGGCUUUAGAUUAUGUUUUGUACCUCUGUUCAUUUGUUUUGGUUUUAUACUCACAAACACCAAAAAUAUGUUUAGAACUGUAGGACUAUUUAUUUCUUUUUUAUGAUGCAUUUAUUUACCAGAUCUUUGUUGGGCACCUAACAUGUACAUUAACUUUGUGUUCCAUGACUCUACACAGAAAAGAUGAACUUCCACUACACUUCAGUGACUUGUGUUUCAUUAUUCUUUGAAGAAACAGUGAGUGCACAUUAGUAAGAGCAAAGAUGCUGCUGUUAAAAUACUUAGAUGUAAUUAUAAUAUAAUUAGUACAUUAUUUUUUCAUAUCAGUAUCAAUGUUGCUGAUGAAAAUAAAGACAGACUUUGUCCCCUCAUAUUGUUUUUUGGAUGAAAUACAUAUAAAUAACUUUGUGUCAUGUGUUGCACACAUAUA